AUGGGAUGUAGUAAAUGGAGAGCUGCGUUCAACUUCGGACACCUCAAGGUGCAGUCCAAGCUGUCCGUUUUCUUGACCAUGAUCAUCCUCUUUGUCUAUCUCUUUUACUGUCUGAACGGAUUCUGCGAGUCCUUACCGAGACCCGUGUAUGACCAAAAGAGUAGCCACAUGGACAAAAAUGUCUACAACGAGGCACACGAGACGUCACCAAAGCAAGCAGAUGCUCCGGACCAGUUCUCGGACGUUGCUACGAGCACAAAUAAUACGAUGGCCAUUGCGAAUAACUUUGGGAGCAAAAAGUUUCCUCAGGCCAUCAUCAUCGGGGUGAAGAAGGGAGGAACGAGGGCUCUGUUGGAGUUCUUGCGCAUCCAUCCGGACGUGAGAGCAGUCGGAGCAGAGCCUCACUUCUUUGACCGCUUCUAUGAUAAGGGACUGGACUGGUACAGGAAUCUAAUGCCCCGUACAUUGGAUGGUCAGAUCACCAUGGAGAAGACCCCAAGUUACUUCAUCACAAAGGAAGCUCCUCGUCGCGUCUUGGCCAUGAGUCGCCACACCAAGCUAAUCGUGGUGGUGCGUGACCCCGUGACCCGCGCAGUUUCUGACUACACGCAGACCGUGUCCAAGUCACCGGGUCUCCCGUCCUUCAAGAACUUGGUCUUCCGCAACUCCACCACAGGCCUAAUUGACACCUCUUGGAGCGCGGUGCGUAUCGGCAUCUACGCCAAGCACCUGGAGAACUGGCUGCGCUACUUCCCGCUUUCUAGCUUCCUGUUCGUCAGCGGCGAACGUCUAGUGACGGAUCCCGCAGGCGAGAUGGGCCGCGUCCAGGAUUUCCUGGGACUCAAACGCGUAGUCACAGAUAAGCACUUCUACUUCAACCAGACCAAAGGUUUCCCCUGCCUGAAGAAGCCAGAGGGGAGCAGCAGGCCACGCUGCCUGGGGAAGUCAAAGGGCAGGCCCCACCCGCAGAUCCCCUCAGACGUCCUGCUUCGACUCCGAGACUUUUACAGACCUUUUAACCUUAAAUUCUAUCAAAUGACGGGUCAGAACUUUGGCUGGGAUGACACAGCUUGA